AUGUCUCUGUUUACGACCAUCCAGACCCCCACAGUCACCUAUGAGCAGCCCUUGCGCUUGUUCAUCAAAAACCAGUUCGUCAAGGGCGUCGAAGGUAAGACCUUCGAGACGGUGAACCCUACCACCGAAAAGCCCAUCGUCGCCGUCCAUGAGGCCACCGAAAAAGAUGUCGACAUCGCCGUCAAAGCCGCCCGCGAGGCCUUCGAGGGUGUUUGGCACACCGUGACGCCGUCAGACCGCGGCCGCAUGCUCACCAGGUUGGCUGACCUCUUCGAGCGCGAUAUCGAGACCCUGGCAUCUAUUGAGGCCCUGGACAACGGCAAGAGUGUGACCAUGGCCAAGAACGAUGUGGCUAUCUCGGCCGCCACCCUGCGCUACUACGGUGGCUGGGCCGAUAAGAUUACCGGUCAGACCAUCGACUCCAACGUCGAGACCCUUAUCUACACCCGCCACGAGUCUGUCGGCGUCUGCGGUCAGAUUAUCCCCUGGAACUUCCCCCUCCUUAUGUGGGCCUGGAAGAUCGGUCCCGCUAUCGCUGCCGGCAACACGGUCGUCCUCAAGACCGCCGAGCAGACGCCGCUAUCCGGCCUCGUUGUUAAUAUCCUCUCGGGCUUCGGCCGCACCGCGGGUGCUGCUAUCUCCAGCCAUAUGGAUAUCGACAAGAUCGCCUUCACUGGGUCCACUCUAGUCGGCCGCACCAUCCUUCAGGCAGCCGCCAAGAGUAACCUAAAGAAAGUAACGCUUGAGCUGGGUGGCAAGUCGCCCAAUAUCAUAUUUGACGACGCUGACAUCGACAACGCUAUCUCCUGGGCCAACUUCGGCAUCUUCUUCAACCACGGCCAAUCUUGCUGCGCCGGCUCCCGCCUGCUAGUCCAAGAGGGCAUCUACGACAAGUUUGUGGCCCGCUUCAAGGAGCGUGCUGCCCAGAAUAAGGUCGGCAACCCCUUCGCGGCAGACACCUUCCAGGGCCCGCAGGUGUCGCAGCUCCAGUUUGACCGCAUUAUGGAGUAUAUCAGCCACGGCAAGAAGGAGGGCGCCACCGUCGUCUUAGGUGGCGAGCGUCAUGGCACUGAGGGUUACUUCAUCCAGCCCACCAUCUUCACCGAUGUCACUCCGGACAUGAAGAUCUCCCAGGAGGAGAUCUUUGGUCCCGUGAUUGCUGUCCAAAAGUUCAAGGAUGAGGCCGAGGCUAUCAAGAUAGGUAACAGCACCAGCUACGGUCUGGCUGCUGCCGUGCACACGACGACCCUCAACCGCGCCAUCCGCGUGUCCAACGCCCUCAAAGCUGGCACCGUAUGGGUAAACAACUACAACAUGCUCUCCUACCAAGCCCCCUUUGGUGGCUUCAAGCAGUCUGGCCUUGGCCGUGAGCUCGGCUCCUACGCCCUGGACAACUAUACCCAGGCUAAGUCAGUAAUCUGCCGCCUGACGGACGCGCCGUUCCCGUAA